UCAUUGUACGCGUGAGAAAUCCCAUUGAAAUUGAUAGAAUCGCCUUAUACUACAGCAGUGUUGCGUUAAACUCCAAGCCAUCAAGUCGCGUAGAAUGUGGAAACUUUUCGUACUCGUAAGCAUUGUUACAUCUGCACCAACUGACGAUCUUGCCGGCAUAAACUUUAAUGAAAUUAAUCAGUUCACAUUGAAAUUCUUAAAUAAUGUGUAUACGUUUCAAGAGAGUUACGGCGACAAGAAUGUUGCCCUGUCUCCGUUAUCAGUGUGGAAUAUAUUCUCAUUGCUAGCUGAAGGAUCAGCGGGAGAGACGUUCACGGAAUUAAUGAGAGAAUUAAGACUGCCAAAUGAUUUAAGGGAAACACAACAAUUGCAUUCGGCGAUCGUAAAACUAUUGAAGAGUGAGGAUCACGAUGUGACUUUAAAAAGCCAAACGGCGAUGUUCUCGGAUAACAGCUUUAAAAUUCAUCGCGAAUUCUGUGAAUCAGCAAAUUAUUACAGCACAGAUGUGUAUGCCGUGGAUACAAACAAUACAACAAAACUUGCCAAUGACAUCAAUUAUUAUGUGUGUGUAGCUACAGAAGGAAGAAUUCGUGAAGCAGUGAGACCAGACCUUCUUGAAGAUUUAAAACUUAUAUUGGUUGAUGCACUAUAUUUCAAAGCAAGUUGGACGUAUCCUUUCGAUCCUAGUGAAACGAGACCGGAUGCAUUUUACGAUUCCCAAGGUCGAACAAUUGGAUCAGUAAACAUGAUGUACCAUAAAGCGCCCCAUAACGUCGGGGAUUCCGAACUCAUUGGUGCCCAAAUUUUAGAAAUGACUUACGGAAAAUCUGAAGAGUUUUCCAUGUUAAUUCUUUUACCAUUCGAGGGGCUACCUUUAAAAACAAUGUUAAAUAACUUGGCAACACAGUCUUUAGACUGGAUGACGGAAUAUAAAUUAAACGGUAGCCCGCCGGAAAUAGAUUGUUAUAUACCCCGAUUCACGAUCUCCUCUCGAACGGAUCUGAUUCGUCCUCUACAGUACAGCGGGAUACAGCGAAUUUUUGAUGCUGAAAAAGCAGAAUUACCAGGAAUAUCUGAUAGUCCUUUAUUUGUCUCGAAAACCGUUCAAAAUGUUGAGAUCGAAGUCACAGAGGAAGGAACUGUCGCCGCAGCUUCAACAGUUGUCGGUUUAGAGGAUAGAAUUUUAGGACAGCGCUUUGAAGCGAAUAAGGAAUUCGCAUUUUUCAUCACAAAUAGAUCGACGGGAUUAAUAAUACUAGCCGGUGUGUAUGCAGAGCCACAACUUGUGUGAGUAAUGUGUUCAAUAAAUUAAUUUGUGAUUUGUUUU